AUGGAAAACCAGACUUCAGGUUCUGACAUCCUGCUCCUGGAGGGGUUGAAGGUCACCCCUCAGUCCUCCAUCCCUGCCUUUGUCCUCCUCCUCCUCAUCUACAUCUUCAUCAUGCUGUCCAACAUCAGCCUGGUGGUCCUGAUCACCCUGCAGAGGGGUCUCCAUCAGCCCAUGUUCCUGCUCUUCUGCAACAUGGGGGCCAACGAUGCGUUGGGGGCCACCGCCAUCAUCCCCCGCCUGCUGAGCGACAUCUUCACUCCGAGCUCGCAGAGGUACAUCCAGCACAGCAGCUGUGUCCUUCAGGCGUUCUGUGCUCACGUGCACGCCAGCGCCGCCCACACCGUGCUGAUAAUCAUGGCCUUCGACCGCUACGUGGCCGUCUGCAAUCCGCUGCGGUACCAGACCAUCAUGACCAACAGGAUGGUGGUGGGUCUGUCCGUGUCAGCCUGGGGGGUGGUCCUGCUCAUGGUUCUGCUGCUGCUGGGCCUCAGCGUCCGCCUGUCUCGCUGCAGGGAGUUCGUGUCCAACCCGUUCUGUGACAACGCGUCCCUGUACAAGCUGUCCUGCGAGAACGUCCUGAUCAACAACGUGUACGGCCUCGUGUACACCGUGGUCCUUCUGGGCACCUCUCUGGGCAGCAUCACGGUCACCUACCUGCGGAUCGCCGUGGCCUGCCUCACCAACCAAAGCAGGUCCAAGAACAGCCGGGCCCUGCAGACCUGCGCCACCCACCUGGUCCUGUACGUCAUCAUGUUCGUGUCAGGCAGCAUCAUCAUCUUCCUCCAUCGCUUCCCCGACCUGUCGGACCACAGGAAGUUGGCCUCCAUCCUGUUCCACGUGGUUCCUCCUGCGAUGAACGCCAUCGUCUACGGACUGCAAAUCAAAGCUGUUCGAGAAAAGAUCUCCAUCGUGUUCACCAGGAAGCCUGUGACAGACAGACAGGACUAAAUGAAGUUUCUGUCGUUGAUCAC